UCCACCAGUAGGUCUAGUACCUCUAGCCUUAAGAAGUCCGUCAGUGCAUCUGUCAAAUCCAAUCACACCUCGACACGUAUCUAAUCUACCGCACUUUCCUGCUCUUUUGAAGCUGACAUGGCUUGUUUCCUUGUAACAUUGAUGUAUAUAAGAGCCCAGUUUGCAAAUGCGAACUGCAACGAAGCAGAAUCUUGAGAGGUUUCCAGGCUUAUCUGAUUUUUCCUUCUGGGGCUGAUAUUGAAAGAUUGGAAUUGGGGUUUUAGCUUUCUUGGUUUCUGGAAUGGUGAACAGGAAGAAACGGCAGAAGUCUGUUGCUGGUAAAGCACUAGGUGUGGAAGCCAGCAACAAGGAGGGAACUAAGGGUGAGGUUGAGAUUGCGGAGAUGGCUAAAACUCCCGCGAAGAAGAGCAAAAGAGGUGCUGACAGGGAGAUGGCAGAGUCAUUCUUCUUGUCACUUGACAUUGGGUGGUCAUCUAUACUUCAUCAAAGGAAGGAUAUACCUUCUUUUCGUAGGGUUCUGUUGAGAGAAAAUGAUUAGGACAGGAUUGUUGGGAAGAAGAUAAAGGUGUUAUGGCCUGAUUCAAGGAAAUGGUUUGCUGGUCAGAUUAAAUCAUUUAAUAUUGAGAACAAGCUCCAUAGUAUUGUGUACGAUGAUGGUGACAAGGAGCAGUUGAAUUUGAUUGGAGAGCAGUUUGAGCUUGAGAUUUUACCAAGUGAGGCAUUCACCACACUUUCUAAAUCAGAGCGUUAUCCUGAGAUUCCAGGUGAUGGUGGGGGGGGGGGUGGAGACGCUGUAAGUGAGGGUUCACUCAUGAUGGAUAGGUCUGAAACAGUAGACACAAAAAUGAAGCAGAGCAUGUCUUCAAGGGCCCAAAAAGGGAGUUCAAAGCAGCAGAUUGUGGAAGAUAGUGAGAUGACGGAGGAUGAUAACAUGGCUGCAGAUAUGCAGGUCGAUAGACUUUCUGGAAAAUCUGAUAAGAGUGAAAAUUCCUGAAACAAAUACUCUGCAAAAGCAAGAGAGUUCCGAACCAGUGAAAAGGGCUGUUGCUAUGAAUAGAAAACCCUCGAAGGAUGCAAAUAAAAGGCGUCAAACCACAGAAUUGAAAAAUUACUGAAGAGAAAGGAAAUAUGGCUCUGGACACGGAUGACAGACUCGGUGAAAAAAUUGAGCGGAAGAUGGUGACUGGUGAAAUUGAUGUGGACAAAACUGUGUGGUCUUGUUUUCAGAAACAUCACAAUCCUGGGAAAAAAGAAAUGAGUUUUGAUGACAGUGAGGUCAGUGGAGGCUCUGCAAAAGUGGAUACUACUGAGAUUGAUGAUGUUAAACCAUUUGAAGAGAAGGGAAAGAUGAAGGGAGAAAAAACAUCUAAUGCAGUAAUAUGUCAAAACUGAAAGUCAAAAGAAAUACUGAGGAUGAGAAGACAGUGCUACCAGCCGACAUGGAAGCCGAUGCGCUUCCUGAAAAGGUUGAGGAGAAAAAGACAGAUAUGGAAAUCGGUAAGGAAAGACCUGGAGUUGUUGGUUAUGAGAAAUAUCUGACAGAAACUGGUUCAAAACUAGCAAGUGACCAGAGCAAGGAAACAUCUGAAGCAAAACCUCUCACUAAAGAAGAAAAUUAUGAGGUUCUUGAGAAACAGAAAAUUGAGAAUCGUGAAGCUGCAGGAGAUGAAGCAGCAGAGUCAGGUGAUGAGGGUAUUCUGGAAGAAGGAAGAGAGGCAAAGCCUCAGGGUUCACAGUCACCAGCUGAUAAACAGAGUGAGAAUGUUGUAAGAUUGCAGAAGGAAACUGCCUCAGAUGAAGGACUUCUGAUCUGCAGACAGUAUCAGAUGGCCAAGCUACUGGAGAGGAAAGUCUGGCUAAUGUGGAAUGCCGGGACAAUCCUGUCAAAAAAGGAAGAGAAGUGCUGGUCGACAGAAAAGGAGUUUUCACCUUCCUGGUUAGGUUUUAUGGUCUGUCGGCCAUCCUGUGUGGUUAUCAUUCAUUCGUUGUAAAAAAGGGCUUACCCAGUGCACGAAGCUCCUGCCACUGUGAGAUCUGGGGAGGGUCAUUCUUUGUCUAUAGCAAUAAUUAGAAAAAGUGAAAGGAUCUGUUUUCAACUUAUUGUAUCUUUGAAGCUAAUAUCCUACUUAUCAUUGGUUUUUCGCUGACAUUGCUUUGCCGGCAUUUUACUUUGAAAACAAUUAAACCCUUUUCAUAUUUUAUUUUUUAUUUUUUUUGGUGUGUAUGGAAGCUAUUUUCAUCAAUUGCCUGAUUUCUGUAUUUAUAAUUCCCUGUAGAAAGUUGUAUCAGUUCUAGAUUUGGUCAUUAACUAUCUGAAUUAUUUUCUAUAUAAUUGUAUGUUUUGGUUCAUUGCAAGCAGGUAUGAUUCUAGAAUUUUUUUCCCUCCGGGGGAUUAUACCCUCUUAUUCAUGUAGUUCUUUUACAAGAAUUUUGUGGUGCUUAGAGUUUAAUCUGUGGUUGGACUAUAAAGUAUCAAUAGUGUAUUACAUAUUGGAUCAGUUCCCAUUUGAUAUCAAGAUUGGAUUAUGCAGAUUGGGAUUGGCCGAUACUGGGAAUAUGACUGGACGGAUUUCCACUAGCAAAGGACAAAUCACCUCUGAUCACAAGGACACUCCAAAUGCGAAAAAUGAAAAUAUUCAACCCUUGAACAUGGGAAAUGUAUGUGCUUCAUUCCUCUUCAUAGCACUAGUCCUGAAAGACAUCUUUUAGCUUUUGUGGCUGUUGGUUUUUUCUAAACGGAACUCCCAGGAUUGCAACUUGGAGCAACCCUUGAGGUUUUUUUCUAUUUUUAAAAUUGAUUUGAUACAUCCCUUCCGGAAAGGGGGAGGGGUUGAAGUUGGGUUUAGAAUAUCCAAUUAGCUAAGACCCUUGUGCAAGGCCCCAACACUUGAUUUCUGACCCUUUUAGUAAAUGCCCCUUGUUUAUUCAGAGAAGGAAAAGAAGAAAAAUAUGAAAAAAGGACUGAUACUCAAGGAUUCCCUUUCACCUAGGGUUGAGGAAUGGAAAUAUGAGGUCCAGAACUUGAUGAGGGGAUGAUUACAGAAAGUAUAUUUAGUUUGAGUUCUUAGAAAUAUGAAACUUAAGCUGUACUUUAUAAAAAUUUUAAUGAUUGCAAUCUAUUUUUCUUUUUGAAGAAAAGGUAAAAUGUGAUUCUUGUAUUUCUAGAUAUUAAAAACAUUAAUCAGAAGAAUUGUCCUCCCAUGAGGUGGUUGGGUUGGAAUAAUUUUGGCUGUACUUCUAUUUUGAGUGUAGUGCCAUUUGUUGGUUUCUAUUAGGACACAUUGUGACUUCGGUUGCGCUUAGUCUAGAUUUUUAUUGCAUAAUAUUGUUGUGGGGCAAUCCUAAUUUUAAGAAAGAAGCUAGGACAACCUAAUGGCCUUUGACCACUAGGCACCAUGAACAUGAUUUUGGGUUUACAUUGACAACUCUGUACAUGGUUCCUUUUUCUCACACAGAUCAAUGUAGCUCUCAUUUGAACUUGGAAAUGUUAGGACUUUACUGUGCUAAGGUGGUUGGCUCUUUUCCCAUGAAGUUGCUUUUCUUUACUAUUGGGGUUAUUCACUGGAAGGUAAGCAGAGUAUUCUCUAAACAUUAGAGAAGGAAGAGGGGGGGGGGGAGACAGCCCUCUGUUUGGCCUUCUUUUUGUGUCCUUGCUUUAUGUUCACAUCUUAUUGAAGGACUAAUUGGCCAAGAGUUUUAAGGCCUUAUUUUUCCUUUGUCUUUUUGUUUCAUUACUGGUACUUUACGCUUAAGAGAUACGACUACGGGUCUUUCUCAUUCAACAGUCGAGGGAAAGGAUGGGCUUAAUGAUAAAUAAUUAUUCUGGAUUAUGGAUUGUUGGAUCUGUAGGGAAAGAUUGAUGAUGGAUUUUCCCUGCUAUUUCUGAAAAUGCUAAUGCUCUCUCUGUAUCUCUGAUAAUGAUUAAAAUAAGUGUUUUUUCCUCCACAUCUCCACAUUUCCCAGUGAUGAAAGAUUUAGUAAUCAGAACUUUGCAUGAAAUUCUGAAAGAUAGGUGCUCCCUUUGCAAUCUCUUUUGCAAAGGUUGAGGGACCUUUUCAUGCUAGGCUGAUAGCAGGCAUUCUGAGGGAAGUGUCAUCCUUUUGUUUCCCAGUAAUGAAAGAUUUAGUAAUCUGAACUUUGCAUGAAAUUUAUGAUAGGUGCUUCCAUUUGCAAGCUUAUUGCAUGGUUGAGGAACAGUGAUUCCAUGCCAAGUUGAUGGCGUGCAAUGUGAGGGAUUUUUUGGAUGUUGGCUUUUCAAGAUACCCAUUGACGGUGAUAUUUUGUCAUUUAUGCAGACAUGUUUGUAGCAACAGCGUCAAUCAGUUGCCUGGAAUAUUUCAAUGUAUAUAGUGAAAAGUAAAUUUAGGAAUUAUACUCCAUGAUCCCAACUCAUGGUGGUGAGACUGUGAGAGAACUUUUUUACCCUUCCGAGAGGGAUACAUGUCUACAUUUUGAUGCAUCGAGACUUUGUCCACUUCUGAAACAGCAUAUGCCUAUUCUCUUUACAUUA